AUGUCCGAAACGGCCCCUGUUGCGCCCGCGGCCCCGGCCCCCGCGGAGAAGGCUCCGGCCAAGAAGAAGGCGAAGAAGCCUGCGGGCGGAGCGCGGCGCAAGGCUGCGGGGCCCUCGGUGUCCGAGCUGAUCGUCCAGGCGGUGUCGGCGUCCAAGGAGCGCAAUGGGGUGUCCCUGGCCGCCCUGAAAAAGGCGCUGGCCGCCGCCGGCUACGACGUGGAGAAAAACAACAGCCGCAUCAAGCUGGGGCUCAAGAGCCUGGUCGCCAAAGGCACCUUGGUACAGACCAAAGGCACCGGCGCCUCGGGCUCUUUCAAGAUCAACAAGAAAGCGUCCGGCUCCGAAGGCAAGGCCAGGCCCAAGGCUAAGAAACCCGCUGCCGCCGCCAAGCCCAGGAAAGCGACCGGGGCCGCCAAGAAGCCCAAGAAACCGGUGGCUUCCGGGGCCAGAAAGAGCGUGAAAAAGACCCCGAAGAAAGCCAAGAAACCUGCAGCGGCGGCGGGGGCCAAGAAGGCGGCCAAGAGUCCGAAAAAGACCAAAGCGGCUAAGCCCAAGAAAGCAGCCAAGAGUCCGGCCAAACCUAAGCUUGUGAAGCCCAAAGCGGCUAAGCCUAAGGCUGCGAAGCCCAAAGCAGCCAAACCGAAAAAGAAACGCAAGCGGAGUCGCAAGGAGAGCUAUUCCAUUUACGUGUACAAGGUGCUGAAGCAAGUCCACCCCGACACGGGCAUCUCCUCCAAGGCUAUGGGCAUCAUGAACUCGUUCGUCAACGACAUCUUCGAGCGCAUCGCCGGCGAGGCUUCCCGCCUGGCGCACUACAACAAGCGCUCUACCAUCACUUCCCGGGAGAUCCAGACGGCCGUGCGCCUGCUGCUGCCCGGGGAGCUGGCCAAGCACGCCGUGUCCGAGGGCACUAAGGCCGUCACCAAGUACACCAGCUCCAAGUAA